AUGGUGGCGCCUGGUCGUGGUGGCGCUGCUAUUCACUGCGCCAGGGACACAAGGCCGCAGAGCGACGCCGCCGCAGCGCCCCCGGACGUCUCCGUCACGUCGGACUACCCCAUGAUGGCGGUUACGCUGGUGACUGUGCGCUCCAAAGUGGGCCUCGCGGCGCUCGAGGCCAACCCCAAUGUGGCCGACGUCUUUGAAGACGACGUCGUCACCCUGCAGGACGCCCAGAGCCAGGCGCUGAUCAACCAGCCCGAGGCAGCCGCCCUCGGCUACUUGGGGGCGGGCUGCAGCAUGGCGAUGGUAGACACAGGCCUCAAUUACCUGUACCCCGAUUUCGGGCCGUGCACCGCCGUCAACACGCCACCCGGCACGUGCCGUGUGGUGUACAUGCAUGACUUCAAUGCCCAGGGGGAUGACGGCGAGACAGACGACAGGACACGGCAUGGCACGUGCACAUCCGCCAUCGCCGCUGCGGUCGCCCCAGGCGCCAAGUUGCUCGGCCUCGACAUCUUUGGCGUCAACCCCAAGACGGGCGACAUCGAGGCGAACACGUCCGACUACAUCGGGGCCAUCAACUGGGCGAUCGCCAACAAGGAUGCCUACAACAUAUGUGUGAUCUCAAUGUCCUUCGGCGGCGCUAAGUCUUUCUCCAAGCCCUGCGGCACGCUGCCGGACGCGAUCGCCAUCCAGGCGGCGCGCGACGCCGGCAUCGUCUCCGUCGUCUCGUCGGGCAACCAGCGCUUUAAGAAGGGGCUUUCCCAGCCGGCCUGCGCCCCCGCGGCCGUGAGCGUCGGCGCGGUGUACACCUCCUCUGGCGGCUCUGGCGGCGGCGGCAACUGCUUCGACAGGGGCCCGCUCGCCGCCGACCAGGUCACUUGCUACAGCAACAGCGCGUCGUAUCUCACGAUGCUCGCGCCCGGGGAUUACGUGACCGCGAUCGGCAUCACGCAGUCCGGGACCAGCUUCGCCGCGCCCCAUGUGUCGGGGGCCGUCGCCGUGCUCAAGGCGGCGGCGGCGUGGGCGACGCCCGAUGACAUCCAGUCGGCGCUUACUAAAGCAGGCAAGCCCGUUUUCGACAAAGCCAACAAGAUCACCAAGCCUCGGCUGGACCUUCUGAGAUCUCUCAACAUCCUCCUGGAUGGCGCCCUGCUGACCAUCAACGGCGGGGCCGUCGGCACCAACCUCCGCGCCGUGUCGCUCAGCCCUGUGCUGCUGCGGAGCGCCCCCGCGGGGGCCACGUGGUGCGCCAGCGACACGAACGCCAGCCCCAACGACUGCUGCGCGACGGCCGCGUUCACAGGCGGCAACCUCACGGCCACCCUGGCCAGCCCCGGCGACGGCAACAAGACCGUAAACUUCUUCCUGCGCGGCGGGGACGGCUGCGGCGCCCCGCUGAUUGCGAAGGCGCAGGCGUCGAUCUUGCUGGAAGCGACGCCGCCCUCCAAUGUCAACAUCACAGUGGUCCAGGGCGCCACCUAUAUCGACGGCGUCGGGUACCUGACGACUAACAAGGUCCAGGUCCAGAUCACCGCCGAGGACGCCGGCGGCGUGACGCAGAUGUGCAUCAGCUACAGCGCGAGCGCCAAGGCGCUGACCAAGUGCAAGUGGGAGCCGUUCUCGCCGGCGCCGGUGGCGCUGAAGCUCAAGACGUUCCAGGGCAGGCACGUGCUGCGCGUCACGGUGCGCGACACGUUCGGCAACGAGGCGUCGGCGGAGCAGCAGCUCGUGCGGGACACGGUCAAGCCGAAGAUGAGGGGCAAGCUGCAGGGCGUGGCCGGCGGAGGCGGCAACAUCUCGUUGUCUUGGACCGCGGCGGAGGAUGCGGUGGGCGUCGCGGCGUACAUCCUAGUGUACCGCCCCGCGAAGCUCGCGCCGCCCUCUCAGUGCUCGACGGCCCCGCCGGUGAACGGCCCCUGGCCGCCGGCCGUCAUCCCUGUGCCGCUGGCGCCUGGGCCUGGGGUCUUGUCCGCGGACGUGGGGGGGCUGAUGACAGGGACUUACUACUCAUUCCGUCUGUGCGCGCGCGACGCCGCGGGCAACGUCGCCUCAGGGCUCACGUGGGGCCAGCAGCUCGCGUGA